AUGGUUUCUCCAAAGGGACCACAAAAUAUUGAUGACGAGCGAGUGGAACCGGGGCGCAAGCGAAGCGCGCGAACUUCGAUGGUGCGCUGUAUAGCUGCUCGUUGGAAUGUACGUGCACACGAUCCACGCGACGACCAGCGGCGCGGACGCAGGGAACAUCAGUCGGCUGCACUACACCUCGGCGAAUGCACGCUCGAUUUCCAAUCAGUACGGCCCGCUAUACGCUCGCGCAAUUGCUUAAAUAAUUUCCUUUGUCUGUUU